CGAUCAGCCAAUGGGGUAAGAGCAAAGGGAACAGCGGAACAGUGAAAGCUGGCGCCGGUGUAGUGGAGUUGCAGAGGCGGACAAGGGGAUCAAGUCUACUGCAAGCAUGUCUGUAAUGUCCUAUAAUGGAGGGGCCGUCAUGGCCAUGAAGGGGAAGAACUGUGUGGCCAUCGCCGCAGACAAACGCUUCGGGAUCCAGGCGCAGAUGGUGACUACGGACUUCCAGAGGAUCUUCCCCAUGGGGGACCGGCUGUACAUCGGCCUGGCCGGGCUCGCCACCGACGUCCAGACAGUUGCACAGCGCCUCAAGUUCCGGCUGAACCUGUAUGAGCUGAAGGAGGGGCGGCAGAUCAAGCCCUACACCCUCAUGAGCAUGGUGGCCAACCUGCUGUACGAGAGGCGGUUCGGCCCCUACUACACGGAGCCCGUCAUCGCGGGGCUGGACCCCAAGACCUUCAAGCCCUUCAUUUGCUCCCUGGACCUCAUCGGCUGCCCCAUGGUGACUGAUGAUUUUGUCGUGAGCGGCACAUGCUCGGAGCAGAUGUACGGGAUGUGCGAGUCCCUGUGGGAGCCCAACAUGGACCCGGAGCACCUGUUUGAGACCAUCUCCCAAGCCAUGCUGAACGCCGUGGACCGUGACGCGGUGUCUGGCAUGGGCGUUGUUGUCCACGUCAUUGAGAAGGACAAGAUCACCACCAGGACCCUGAAGGCCCGGAUGGACUAGGACUGUUCUGGAACUUUUUUUUUCUUUUUCUUUUUUUAAAUAAAGUAGCCUUCCAUUCUUG